AUGAAGGGGGCGAGCGAGGUCGGAAUAGUGGGAUAUGAAACGACGGUAGAAGUUGCCGAAUCCCAAAAAGGAUCGGACUCCCUUCACGGUAGUCGGGGCUGGCCAGUGAGUGAUGCCUUCGAGCUUAGUAGGGUCCAUAGCGACGACGUUGGGUCUGAUGAUGAGGCCCAGAACUUCGACCUCCGAAACGUCAAAGACGCACUUCUCAGGUUUCAAGAAGAGGUCGUUCUCCUUAAGACGUUGGAGGACCCGCCGAGUACGUUCCGCGUGAGUGGCUGCAUCCUUGGAGAAGAUCAGAAUGUCGUCCAUAUAGAUGACAAUCCAUCCUUCGUCAAUCAUGUCCUUGAACAGAUCGUCCAUCAUGGCCUGAAAGGUGGCGGGCGAGUUACAAAGCCCAAAGAACAUCACCGUGGGUUUGAAGAGUCCCUUCUUGCACUUGAAGGCUGCCUUCCAUUGGUCUCCGUCCCGGAUCCUAACGUUGUUGUAGCCAGAGCGCAAGUCCAUCUUAGAGAGAAUGGUAGCUCCCUGCAGCUUGUCGAUCAGGGUCUGCACGAGGGGGAUCGGGUAGACGUUCUUCACGGUUCCUUCAUUCAGAUAACGAUAGUCCUGGCAGGGUCGCAGAGAGCCAUCCUUCUUUCCGACGAAGAAGAAUGGGGACGCCAUGGGGGAUGUGGAGUUGCGGAUGUAUCCCUUUCGAAGGUUUUCUUCAAUGAACUCGUCUAG